AUGGAGCUGCUGCUCGGGUUCUCCUCGGGAAAAUCACUGAUAUUUAUGGCUUUUCUCGUGCACGUCUCUUUGGGUCUUCAGUGUGUGGACAACAAGAAACCUUGUGUGAACAACGCGACGUGUGUGACCUUUAACAAUGGAACUGGACACUGCCGGUGCGCUCCGGGCUUCCUGGGAGAGUACUGCCACCAUAAGGACCCCUGUCUGCCUGGCUACUGCAUGAACGGAGGGAGUUGCACUGUGUCGUUGUCUGGGGGUGUGCCUGUCCCGGGGAACCCCACCUGCACCUGUCCCAUCGGGUACACAGGCCAGCACUGCCAGACCCCGCAGAACUCCUCCUGCUACCCCAGCAACCCCUGCACCAACAAGGGGAAGUGUGAGCUGGUGACGGCUCUGGACAAGUUCAAGUGCCGCUGUCCCAGAGGGUGGUCAGGCCCUCGGUGUGAGUUCGAGGACAGCUGUCUCUCCGGCCCCUGUGCUAACGGCGGCGUGUGCACGGCUCGCUCCAGUCAGAGCUACGACUGCUCCUGUCCGUCAGGAUACACAGGUCCCUCGAUGUCUCAACGACACCGACGAGGUGCGCGGCCACACCCACAAUUUGCCAGAACGAAGGCCUGUGCAUCAAUACUCCCGGCUCAUACAAGUAAGUCUGAAUACACACUGUGUAUUUGUGACUCUGGCUUCACGGGGCGACACUGUGAGAGCUCAUACGUGCCGUGUUCCCCUUCUCCCUGUCUCAACGGAGGAACCUGCCAGAGCUACGACUUCAGCUACUCCUGUCACUGCCUGCCCGUUUUCCCCAACGCAGGAGACAUGAUGAACCCGACAUCACUGUCCAGGUUUUUCCACUGCGCUCGAGUGCAAGGCCUCGGGAACCCUUUAGCCACCAGUGAGAAAGAGCAAAUGUACUCAUCCACCAUUACUGUCAGGAUCGUUUUAAGGAUGCAGACUUAA